GAGCCGAACAUCCCAGUUCCUCUUCUCCAGUAUGAAUCAGAUUCAUUUUGGGUGGGCACUCUCUGCCCCUCCUAUAGUAACUGACGAAAUCAUGGGUAGACAUAUGGAAUUUGAACUUUCUGCCGGCUCAUGUCUUCAUUCUUUUCGUUGGCACCAGGGAAAGUAAACGCUCUGAAGUCUGUUCAUUGGUGUUAGAGCAUUAGAAAUAUUUGCACUUUUUUUUUGUAGGAUCCACACGGUUUCUCGAAUUUGGAGAGUCGGGAAUAGUAGAGACUGUCUACUGGAAAAAAUAACAAGAUUUGAGAUGUUAUUGGACAUUAAACAUAUCCUCUGGUUAGUCUGUGCCUGCAGUGCUAUAACCCAGGAUGCCCGCAGGAUGAAGGUAGAGAAGAGUCCUCCAGUAUGGGGCUCCCUGGCGGAGCAGGUGGUGUUGCCCUGCCAUUUCUCCAUCCUACCACCCCCUACUGGCACCACCAUCAUCUCCAGCACCACAACAGCUGCUGCGCCCAUGGCCUCCAGCGCCCACCUCGAUCAUCUCCGCAUCAAGUGGACUAAACUGGAGGGCGAUACGGAAAUCACGGUGCUGGUGGCCCAGAAUGGUUUCAUCAAGAUCGGGCAGGAGUUUAAGGACAGGGUUUCAGUGCCCAGCCACCCUGAGGACAUGGGCGACGCAUCUCUGACAGUAGUGAGGCUCAGAGUCAGUGAUGCGGGAGUCUAUCGCUGUGAAGUUAUGCAUGGCAUUGAAGACACUCAAGAUUCAGUCUCCCUGGAUGUCAGCGGUGUUGUGUUUCAUUAUCGGACCAACAGCAGUCGCUACAGUUUAGAUUUUGAGCAUGCCAAGCAGGCCUGCGUUGAUGUGGGUGCAACCAUUGCCACGUCUGAACAGCUAAAUUCAGCCUACGAGGACGGAUUUGACCAGUGCGAUGCCGGAUGGCUGGCGGACCAAACCGUCAGAUAUCCAAUAACAAAGCCACGGGAAGGUUGCCAUGGAGAUAUGAUAAUGAAGCCAGGAGUUCGAACAUACGGAAUCAGAGAUCCCUCUGAGACUUAUGAUGUGUACUGCUAUGUAGGAAAACUUCAGGGUGAGGUGUUUAACCCAGCAGUUAAUACUAAGAUGACUCUUGAUGAAGCCAGGGAGGCGUGUGAGAGAGAGGACGCAGUUUUAGCAGCACCAGGUCACCUGCAUGCAGCCUGGAGGGAAGGUAUGGACCGCUGCGACUUUGGCUGGCUGUCGGACGGCAGCGCCCGCUACCCUAUCUCUGUACCAAAAAAGCAGUGCGGCAGAGGACAGCUGGGUAUCAGGACUAUGUACCGCUUCCUCAAUCAAACAGGAUUUCCCUUACCGAGUGAGAAGCUUGGAGCUUAUUGUUUCAAAGCAAGGGAGCCCACAACAGCUCCUACAACUGUGCCAACAACAGAGACUACAACAGCUCUAUUUCCUUUGGUCACACUUCCAGUCUCUUCCAUUAGAGCAACCCCUUCUACGCAAGCCCAUGACUUCACAGAUGAGCCAUCAUCCAUGUUUUCUGCAAGAAUUGCUCCACGCCACAAAGCCACCCCUGAGGCCUACCCAUCUGCUGAAGCCAUCACUUCUGCCCCAACUGAAGAAAUCCCAUUCAAAGACUAUGAAGAUGGGAACAGUGCCUUGGUGCAAGCACUACCCCAUGCUGUUGAUUCUCUCUUACCUGAUCAGCUACCCUCAAUCCCUACUGCAACUGGAAUGCCCCCAUAUCCAGAUCCUUAUCAAGAUUCAUUGUUCUCCAUUCAGCUACCCCGUCAGCCCACUACAGGAAGCAGACACCCUGGGAUGGAUACUCCUCAUGGGGAAUACAAUGAGAGUAGCGCAGUGGGUAGCAGCAGUGGGAAAAUGGACACUCCUGAUAAUGUCAUUCCUACUUUGCCUACUGUGUUUGUUAUGGUCAACCAAGAAGAUACAGCAAAACCAGCCAUCGUGUACAAAGAGGAUGAAACCACAGCAAACACAACUCAAGAAGGGUUGGUCAUUGCAGAGUCCACCAUGAUAACACCACAUUUAAGUGAAGCAGUCAUAAAUGGUGAGAACACGGAAAUUAGAAAGAAUACUGACAUUCCACUGGACAUGAAAAACCAGCCUCCACUCCAUAUCCUCAUAGUCAACUUCCAAGACAAAAACCACUCAGUUGAUGAUAUUCUCAAUUUCCUUGAUAAACCAGUCUUUCUGUCGGGUGAAAUGGAGUCUCCUUUGGGCAGUGGAGAGUUUGAUUUAUAUCCCUCAGCUUCUGUUACCAUUACCCCAAAAUUGAGUUUUAUCAACGGAAAACACGAGCUAACUCUGAAACCGGACAUUGAGCAAACUCAGGAAGCUAGAGGAGACCAGUUUGACACCGCCAUUCCGGCAAUGGAAGAAACCGUCCAUGAUUAUGAGACUGGCAUGAUUACUGAGGAGGCUGAGGGCAUCAGAUCAUCCCAUGAGAUGGGUGAAUCUGGCUCAACAAUGAAAAGCCCAGUCGAGCCCCAAACCACAACAACAGAGAGCUCUGAAAGUAAAACCAUGGCAGAGUUACCCACAUUUGCAACCAAAUCCCCAAGCCAUGAGAUGCCCUUACACACCAUAACCUUCAGAAUGCCGACGAACGAAGAGGGUUUGGGGAUGCAGCCAACAGAUGAUGAAAAGGAACUGACCCCUCCAGAAGGUUCUGUGGAUGAUGUGCUACCAACAACGAAAAGCCCAGUUGAGCCCCAAACCACAACAACAGAGAGCUCUGAAAGUAAAACCAUGGCAGAGUUACCCACAUUUGCAACCAAAUCCCCAAGCCAUGAGAUGCCCUUACAAACCAUAACCUUCAGAAUGCCGAUGAACGAAGAGGGUUCGGGGAUGCAGCCAACAGAUGAUGAAAAGGAACUGACCCCUCCGGAAGGUUCUGUGGAUGACGUGCUACCAACAACGAAAAGCCCAGUCGAGCCCCAAACCACAACAACAGAGAGCUCUGAAAGUAAAACCAUGGCAGAGUUACCCACAUUUGCAACCAAAUCCCCAAGCCAUGAGAUGCCCUUACAAACAAUAACCUUCAGAAUGCCGAUGAACAAAGAGGGUUCGGGGAUGCAGCCAACAGAUGAUGAAAAGGAACUGUCCCCUCCGGAAGGUUCUGUGGAUGACGUGCUACCAACAACGAAAAGCCCAGUCGAGCCCCAACCCACAACAACAGAGAGCUCUGAAAGUAAAACCAUGGCAGAGUUACCCACAUUUGCAACCAAAUCCCCAAGCCAUGAGAUGCCCUUACAAACCAUAACCUUCAGAAUGCUGAUGAACGAAGAGGGUUCGGGGAUGCAGCCAACAGAUGAUGAAAAGGAACUGACCCCUCUGGAAGGUUCUGUGGAUGACGUGCUACCAACAACGAAAAGCCCAGUCGAGCCCCAAACCACAACAACAGAGAGCUCUGAAAGUAAAACCAUGGCAGAGUUACCCACAUUUGCAACCAAAUCCCCAAGCCAUGAGAUGCCCUUACAAACCAUAACCUUCAGAAUGCCGAUGAACGAAGAGGGUUCGGGGAUGCAGCCAACAGAUGAUGAAAAGGAACUGACCCCUCCGGAAGGUUCUGUGGAUGACGUGCUACCAACAACGAAAAGCCCAGUUGAGCCCCAAACCACAACAACAGAGAGCUCUGAAAGUAAAACCAUGGCAGAGUUACCCACAUUUGCAACCAAAUCCCCAAGCCAUGAGAUGCCCUUACACACCAUAACCUUCAGAAUGCCGACGAACGAAGAGGGUUCGGGGAUGCAGCCAACAGAAGAUGAAAAGGAACUGACCCCUCCAGAAGGUUCUGUGGAUGAUGUGCUACCAACAACUACAUAUCAUGACUCAGAUGUGGUAGCUACCAAUGAGACGGAAAUAGCUGAACCAGAGAAGACUACAAAAGAAAAUGGGGUGGAUAGUUCCACCAAGGCACCAUUUGUCACAUUGAAAACAACUCUAGAACCCAGCACUGUUGGCAGAAAAAGGCAGCUAGAUACAGAAGAUUUUGAGGGAUCAACCUCAGCCGAGGAAGAGGGCUCGGGACAAGAUUUAUUUCCAACCGAAGAACCAAAACACCAGACUCAAUCACCUUCUAUUACUGUUUCAUCUUACAACUUUACAGGUUCCUUAACAAGUACUGAUCCUAAUCAGCCAAGGCAACCCAUUAGUUUGGAUGUGCUGAAUGCAGAACCCACUAUACGUAUUGUUUUAACUUCUCAGAAGGAGGAAGUCUUAGGAGAAGAAACACAAACAAAGCCUCCUACAAAGUCUACAGAGUCUCUUUAUACUGAAGACUCUGGGAGUGGACAAGACCAAAUGACCACCAAAAGUCCUUUGUUGGGGCCUGAGAUUGAAAAGGAUGCAAGCACAAUUUUUACCAUCACUGAGGACUUGAGCUCUGGUGAUCAGCCAACUGAAGCAUACUCACUGAAACCAUUCACUGCUACUACUGUGCCAUCCCUUCCAAUUCAGGAAACUGAAGAAACAAGGAAGAUUAGUGCAGAUUAUGAAGCAACUCAAUUAUUUGAAGGCUCUGCAGAAGACCCAACACCAUUGACUUUUACUUCUGUCCAAACUCAGACAAAGUCCCAAUUCACAACCCAAACCCAAACUCCAGUGACCACCAUUCUGCCCACUGAUGGUCUAAGAGCAAUGUUUUCUUCUGAAGAAAUAAUUUUAAUCCAAACAAUACCUUCUGAUGCGACAACCACCUCAGUGCAUUCAUCAGAGACUUCAGAGGAGAAAACUCAAGAAAUUUCACGUUCUCCACUUGGUUACUCAACUGAGAAACCUCUCACCUCUUCAAUACCAGUUUCUCAUCUUCCCACCUUCAGUGUUUCUACAGAGCCACAUGUGCAGGAGCCAGUGCCAGUCCAGGUCUUGGGUGGAGGAACGAGUCAGUGGACUGCUAGAGAAGAAAUUCUCACCACUCCCGAAGCCACAACAACUGUGACAUUUGAGAAGGAUGUUGUAGAUUAUGACACUGAGGCAGGUCCCUCAAUCGUUGAGGGACAACCACCAUCCAGGGAUGAGUUCACUACAAGAAAACCAGAACCUUGGACUGUUGCCAGCUACACUGUUGAGAGCCACAUGGUUGAUUUGAAAGGCCUCACACUUUGCUCAGUCAGUAUGUGUGAGAAUGGUGGAACAUGUUUUUUUAAUGGAAAAGGAAACAUUUGUGUCUGCAUGCCUGGAUUCAGUGGGGAACGCUGUGAAAAUGACAUUGAUGAAUGCCAGUCCAACCCUUGUCGCAAUGGAGCUACUUGUAUUGAUGGUUUAAACUCUUUCAGCUGCACCUGUCUGCCCAGCUAUUCAGGAGCCCUUUGUGAACAAGAUACAGAGGUUUGUGACUUUGGUUGGCACAAGUUUCAGAGCCACUGCUAUAAAUACUUCACGCACCGGCGCACAUGGGAAGCAGCCGAAAGAGAGUGUCGAAUGCACGGUGGUCAUCUCACCAGCAUCCUGUCUCACGAGGAACAGCUCUUUGUAAAUCGUAUGGGACAUGACUACCAGUGGAUUGGGCUGAAUGAUAAAAUGUUUGAUAAUGAUUUUCGCUGGACAGAUGGCAGCCCGAUGCAAUUUGAGAAUUGGAGAGAGGGUCAGCCAGACAGCUUCUUCUCCACUGGUGAGGACUGCGUGGUGAUGAUCUGGCAUGAGAAUGGCCAAUGGAAUGAUGUGCCAUGCAAUUACCACCUGACUUUUACCUGCAAAAAGGGCACAGUUUCCUGCGGGCAGCCACCUAUCGUGAAGGAUGCCAAUAUAUAUGGCAGCAGGAAGCCGCACUAUGAGAUUAACUCCCUGGUGAGGUACCACUGCAAGGACGGUUUCAUCCAGAGACACGUUCCCACCAUCAGAUGCAGAGGAGACGGCCAAUGGGACAAGCCCAAAAUCACAUGCUUAAAUCCAUCAAUCUACCAGAAGACAUACACACACAAAUAUCAAAAUAAUAACUAUUACAACAAUAGUAAGAGACGCUACAAUGAGCUGACGCAGAACCGUCAUCGCUGGUCAAAAACAGCAGAUGUCUCCAUACACUGAUCUCCAACCAGAGCUACAGAUGCUUCACAUCAACACAGAGAAUAUCUUCAGUCUAAAGGGACGAAGCCAAACUAUGUGCCUGAUGAAUGUUUUACAGCAAGAAUUGAAUUACCCUGAGGGACUGCAAAAAACAAAAAACAAAAAAACAAAAAAAAAAACACCGUUACCCACCCACUGAGAGAGUGUACUUUCUGUCAUUGACUAUGCAAUAGUGAUAAUCGCAUAUUGUAUUAAUGUUUAGAAGUGAAAUGGAGGGGGUCUCUGGUUGUAAUGUAUAUAGUAGAGAUAAUGAACAAGAAAUUAAAAACAGCUGUGAAUGGUGA